CCCGGGGGGCGGGGAGUCGGGAGCCUCGGCGGAGGCGGCCGGGGGGUGGAGAGGAGCCGGUGUCCGCGCGGCCCUUUAUAACGCGCCCCGCGCGGACCCCGGCAGCCUGGGUACAACCGGUACCCAUCACUCGCUCCGUCUGAUCGCUCGUGUAGCGUAGCCUCCGCGCCGCUGCUGAAGCCCCGCGACCUCGCCAGCAGCCCUUGGACAUGGCUAUCCCCGUGCGCCCGCGCCUCCUAGCGGCCCUCGCGCCCACCUUUCUCGGCUUCCUUCUCCUCCAGGUGGCCGCUGGUGCAGGCACUCCUCCAGGGAAAGCAUUUAAUUUAACUUGGAUAUCAACUGAUUUCAAGACAAUCUUGGAGUGGCAACCGAAACCCACCAACUAUACCUACACUGUUCAGAUAAGCGAUAGAUCUAGAAACUGGAAAUACAAAUGCACCGGAACCACAGACACUGAGUGUGACCUCACAGACGAGAUUGUGAAGGAUGUGAACUGGACCUAUGAAGCAAGGGUCCUAUCUGUCCCAUGGAGGAACUCAACUCAUGGAAAGGAAACACUCUUUGGAACUCAUGGGGAGGAACCGCCAUUUACAAAUGCCCAGAAGUUUUUACCUUACAGAGACACAAAAAUCGGACAGCCAGUAAUUCAGAAGUAUGAACAAGACGGUACAAAACUGAAGGUGACUGUAAAAGACUCAUUUACAUUAGUCAGGAAGAAUGGUACAUUCCUCACUCUGCGGCAAGUUUUUGGCAAUGACUUGGGUUAUAUUCUUACAUAUCGAAAAGACUCAAGCACAGGAAGGAAAACAAACACUACACAUACCAAUGAAUUCUUGAUUGAUGUGGAAAAGGGGGUAAGCUACUGCUUCUUCGUACAAGCCGUGAUUUUCUCCAGGAAAACUAACCACAAGAGCCCAGAAAGCAUCACCAAGUGCACUGAGCAAUGGAAGAGUGUCCUGGGAGAAACACUCAUCAUUGUGGGAGCAGUGGUGUUCCUGGUCACCGUCUUUAUCAUCCUGCUGACCAUAUCUCUGUGCAAGCGCAGAAAGAACAGAGCAGGACAGAAAAGGAAGAACACCCCGUCGCGCUUGGCAUAGACGAGGAGGCUGACGCUGCUGACUCUCACACUGCCCGCACGGCACUGUUACCGAGACCUCCGAUGGGAACUGAGGAUGUGGAGUUUGCUCCUAGCUCAGAAAGACUCCCUUCAUGGCCUGUCAUUCCAGCUAACGCUUUGAUUCCAACACUAGCAUCUGUCACUUUAGGACAUACUGAACGGUACAAAUUGAUCAACACUACAGCACCUUUUGCACAAAGCUUAAGAUUGUGUAUUCUACACGCGGGAAGACACUAGGUUGCCCAGGCAAAGCCAGUGGUCAGAUGCCUUUCCUAUAACCUGGGUGGGCUUUUGGAGAACCUUUGAGGAGUUGAUGCCAUAGGCUGUAGAACAGGAAAGUGGGAUUUGGGUGGACUUUUCCAACAGUUGUACUUUCGUAAAUCGGUAUUUGGGUUUUGUUUUUCCUUCUACUAGGUACUUUUGGAAGUUCAAAGUAACUGGCAAACUGUCAUGUGUUAAAUGCAGGAUAUUUCUGCUUGGGACAUCCUUGUGAUUUGUACUUUAUUACAACUUAGCACUUUAACUGACAAUGACAGGGAUUGAACAUUUGACAACCAACUCUAUUUUUAUAAGACUACCAUACAGAGGAACUACAUAUAGUUUUAUGAUCUAAGGUACUUAAAGUGUUUGUGGUUAACAUUGUGUAUAUUUAUAUGAGUUUAAAAGGUUUUGUAUAUGGGAUUUUCUAUUUAUAUAUCUCCUAUUUGUAUAUAUUGAGAUAAUUUAUUUAAUAUACUUUUAUAUAAAUAAAGGUGAUU